CUUAAAUGUAAGUGUAUAUGGCAAACAAGAGCUUCAGAAGAAUUUUCAAACGUCAAGCAAGAUCAAAUAUGCCUAAAGCACACAUAAGUCUUUGUUUCGUCAUCUUUUUAUGUCUCUCCUUGCAAAAUUUCAUGAGAGUUAACUCACAGAGCCAAGGAUCUUGGUGUAUAGCGAACGCUCUUACGGAUAAUGAAACAUUAUUAAAGAACAUAAAUUUUGCAUGUUCACAAAUAGAUUGUGGAAUUAUUUUGGAAGGAGGUUCAUGUUAUGAUCCUAAUACUCCUCUUAAUCACGCUUCUGUCGCCAUGAAUCUUUAUUAUCAAGCUCAAGGAAGACACUAUUGGAACUGCCAAUUCGAUGGCUCUGGUCUCAUUACCGUCAUUGAUCCUAGCCAUGGGAGUUGCAAAUAUCAGUAUAAGUAAAAACAUGCAAAGCUUUGUAUUGGUUACAA